AAACAGAGACGCACCACGCGCAAUUUCUCUAACCAACAUCCAAUAUAAGAGGAAUAGACUGCUAGAUCCGGUCGGAUAACGUUAGAGCUUAUCGCUAUUCAUUUGGGAAUCGAAUCUUCAUAUUGCGCGUUUAAAGAUGGCCUAUUUUCCGGCCACCAAAAGGACAGUGAAGAAGAGAUGAUGGAGUUGAGCAAGGGUUUAGAGAGAAUGAUUGAAGACGUAGAACAUCUACCAGUGCAGCUGGCAUGGAUGGCCAAUGACAUGAAGAUGCAGUGGACCAGUCCUGAUCUGGGGGACUCCCUACGGAGGCUUCAGGAAGAGUUCCUCCGCUGCAGGGCUGUCAUCAGUGGCUUCCCUGGGGAACAGGAGCCGAACCGGAGACGGACUGGGAAAGGACCAGGGGAUGAGGAAGUGGAUGGAGGAGUGACCUAGACCAGAGGAUGGAUACCACCUCCUCCCCACUUCACCAGGAAUGUCUGCUGUUCUGAAAUGGACCUGAAUCCAAAGCUAGUAGCCCAUGCUCUGUAUGCUUGUCUACAACGUUGUUGCAGUUGUAUGUACAGUAGGCUACAGUCUCAUAUCUGCAGUCUCUUUCUCUCUGACAGAAGAGGAAACCACUGGAGAUAGGUGAUAGAGAUAGAUGUCUCAUGUCCCAUACUGCAUGCUGUCUUAAGCUGAGCAGCAGGCUGUUGUAUGGUGCUGUUGAAUACAGAUUGUGGUUGUGUGUUAAGUACCUGUUAUAGAAUGUGUAUGAUACGUCUCUGGACAGG